AUGGAGACGACGGACAUCUGGAAGGCAAGCACGCGACAGCAAAGAACUGAGCAGACGGAGAGAAAGGUGGGUGUGAAUAACCCCGCAGUCAGGUCAGACCCGAAGUACGAACGAACGUCAGAUGAAACGGUGGCUGCUUUCAAUCUCAUAAAACCCUCGUGCGAUACUCCCCUUGGAACACACCACGCGCCGGUUCCUCCACUCCACGAUACCAUCUACCCCCGGAUGAGUCUCACCGCGAGUCAAGCCCCACGAUUCCUCGACCCUCGCGGCCUAUCUCCUUCUUUCGGGCGCUUCAUCAAAUCACCAAACCGUGCCACCCUCCCCGUCCCUCCUCUUCUAGGUCUCCGGUGGCCCCCUUUCGACAAACGACAGCCUGCGCACAAGUUUGGCGAUAUCGAGUCUAGUAGUCACCUCCUCCCUACCAAGCAUCGAGUGCAAUUUCCCGCUCUCGAUCUCUAG